AGGAUGCAGAGGACAACAACAAGACUGCUUGUGAUGAUAUGCUUCACGGUUGCUUUGUUAUAACAAUUUUAAGACACGAACGGACUCUAUAACUUGUGGGACAGGAAAAUAAAUUACAAGUACAAUACAUUAAAAUUUGAUGAUCUAAUUAAAACAAAAAGCCAAAUUAAGAAGAAAAAUUGCGAGAUGAGAUCCAAGUAACUAAUCUCUGAAAACCUCAGCUAAACCAAUAUAUCUCCUCGGCUUGUACGAUGUCGUUUCAGGGCUGAGACUUCUGUCUUGUUUCUUGCUUGAACCAUCGUCCCCAAACAACAUUGCAAACCUAACAAACUUUAGGGUUUUGGCCAAAGAUUGCAAAAUUCCAGUCUUUCCACGCUCCUCUCGCAAUCAACCUCUGAGAAGUUGUCAGAUUUGAUGGGGUCUGUGCUCUGAUACCCAAUAGUGAGUCUCGUCGACACUGACACCCUCUUUUGCUGUUGACACUGCCCGUAUUUUUUUAGGCACCCGACAAAGAUAUGGAUAUAUGUUGCAAAGAUAUAAUCAGCAAUCUACCCGAAGCUCUGAUUUGCCACAUAUUGUCGUUUCUCACCACAAAGGAAGCAGCUUUGACUUCACUUCUCACCCAAAAGUGGCGCUAUCUCUUUGCUUGCAGACCAAUUCUUGAUUUCGAUGACUCGGUAUUACAUGAAGUGCCUAUCCUAGAAUUGGAUGCGAAACACAGCAUGUUUAUGGAUUUCGUGGAUAGAGUGCUGAGUUUGCAGGGUAAUUCUACUAUUAAAAGCUUCUCUCUUCAGUGUCAAGAUGGUGUUUAUCCAGAUUGUGUCACUCGUUGGAUAACUAGUGUCAUGGAACGUGGAGUAUCAGAUCUUGAUUUACGCGUUACUUUGAAUUGGCAUGAUGAUUCGAUGCCUGCAAGUGUUUUUGUCAGCAACUCACUGGUUAGGUUGAGAGUGGAAGCUGGAAAUGGUGUUAUCAUUCAUGUGGGAGAUGUUUUUCUUCCAAAGCUUAAGACUCUCUAUCUUGAUUUAGUUUUGUUAACAUAUUGUGGUUUCGAUAAUGCCCUUGGAAAGCUUAUCUCAUCUUGUCCUGUGCUUGAGGAACUAGUCAUGAUCAAUCUAUCCUGGCAAGGUUAUUGGAGGCGUCCUUUUUCUUCCAAAACCCUCAAGAGAUUAACUUUCCACUGUCAAGUGAUUGAUAAUAAUCCGUUUACUGUUACAUUUGAUACGCCGAAUCUUGUCUACUUGGAAUACUCUGAUCAUAUUGCUGACGAGUAUAAAAAGUUGAAUUUUGAUUCACUUGUUGAAGCAAGUAUCGGUCUUCAAAUGACAAGUGUUCAGUAUGCACAUGCAACCAACGGGUAUAUGGUAGCUGAUGCAACGGAUCUUAUUAUGGGGAUAAGCAAUGUUAGGAUCCUUCACUUAUUUGGCAACACUCUUUAAGGUUCUUACUCUCUGCUGUGAACAUAUACCGAUAUUCAAGAACCUGAAUCAUUUAACUAUUAUGACUCACUGGGAAGUGGGAUGGGAAUCAUUGCCGGCUCUACUCAAGAAUUGUCCAAAUCUUGAGACUCUCGUCUUUGAAGUACCAUUACAUAUCCUCCUUUUACUGCAUUUGUUAACAUACACCUUCAAACAAAUUUAAAACUUUGUAGCUGUUUCCUCUAUGAUUCAGGGACUCCAUCACAAAAAUACAAUUAGAUGUGAGGACUUUGACGGGUGCCUAUGCAAAUCUUCGGAGGACAGACCCACUUGCUUAUCAUCAAGCCCGGUAAAGAUUCUGAAGAUAUUGAAUUUUGGUGAGAUUUGUGAUUACUAUGGUGAUGACAUGGAGAAGCAGAUGGAGCAAGUAGAGUAUUUCCUGGAGAAAAUGCCGAAUCUUGAACAAAUGAUAUUGUACUACAAUGCACCGAUCAAUGAAGAUGUGGAAAGCCAACUUCAGAGGCUAGUAGCUUCAGCCAAGGCCAGUGUCCAAGUCCAACUAAUCUCUGAAUAACUUCACCGUAUAUACUAAUCUUCCCUUCCUUGUCAUGUAAAUGGGAGAUUAUACUCUCUUUUUUAAUCUCGGAGAAGAUCAACAAAGCUUUUAUUCUAGUUUGUUC